AUGGAUAAUCAAAAAAAAACUGGUGAUACUACGAACCCGAAAACAACAAUAUCAGAUUUGGAAAAGAGAAGAUUACAAUUUGAAUUAAAAGCAGCAGAAGAAAUUGCCAUAUUAAAAGAAAUAGUUAUAAGAAAAAGAUUGGCAUACGAAUUGGCAUCGUUAGAAGAUGGAAAUCCUAGUAACAACGACGGGAUGAAUUCGUCGCAGUGGAAUAAUAAAAUCGAUAAUACGUCAUCGAUAGAUAAACCACCCGUUUCGCCGCCUUUGCACAAAAAAAAAGAAGCGGAUAUGAAUGCAAUAUCGUCAGAAGAAAUAAUAUCUUUUCCAAAUUUAAAUUUCAAAGGAUUUAGUCAAAUGAACCCGAAAAAUGAUACGAAAAGGACGAAAGUGAUAAGAGAAACGCCGGAAUUGCUAACAAAAAUCCGAAAUAAAAAUUCAUUUAAUCAAAUAACACCGUCAAAACCAUUAGUGGACUUACGUUUACAUUUUAACAAACCUCAAAUGGCUCAAAAUUUAUCAUCUUCGUCGCAAAAAAAACCACCGAUUUCGUCAUUUCCGGUACAGCAACAAUCGGUUGUGCAACAACAACAACAACAGCAACGUCAUUCGUUACCAACGGAAGAACCUCACACGCCGCAAUAUUCGUAUUCAUCCCCGCAACAAACUCUACAAUAUUCAAUAUCGUCAUCGCAACAAACCCCUCUUAACUUUUACGGAACGAAACAAAAAAAAUCAUCUUAUUUAUUUUCUUCUACUCAUCAACAGGCAACAACAUAUUCGACUUCCGUCGUGCAACAAACGCCGAUUCCGCCAUAUCCGACUGUGACGCAAAGACAACCGUCAUCGGAAACUCCACCAACGGUACCGCAAUUAAAAACAUUAUAUUAUUCCGUACCUCAAAUGAAAUUUCACAGUUCUAACGAUAACAACAAAACAAGAGAAGAACAACCGGAAGGUUUGGAAGGUAAAUAUCAAAAAAAUUUUAUCCGAAUAAAAAAAGAAAAUUCUGAAUACGCAUCUGAAAAGCUUUUAAAACCGUUUAUCGGUUUUAAAGUUUAG